UGAAGAGGGCGUAACAAAAGAUAAACGUAGGCGGAUGUGAAUGUUGCUAGGGUUACAGGAUAGCGUACCUACUGGAGUUCACGCCGCAUUUUAUAACAACUGUCGAAAGUCGCCCUACACUUGUGCUCGCGCCCACACCGAAAGUCUUUCGAGCUCGCUACCUGACGUCCAGUGAAGCCCUCGCCUCGUUUGUGGUGUUGUCGUCGGUUGCGGCAAGCAUGUCCGGCGACCUCGCUGGCGUGUGGGAGGUCGCAUUGAGCGAUGGCGUCCACAGGAUCGAAUUCGAGCACGGGACGACCACCGGCAAGAGAGUCAUCUACGUCGAUGGAAAGGAGGUGCUUAGGCGGGACUGGAUGUUCAAGCUUGUGGGCAAGGAGACGUUCAUCGUGGGCAAACUGGACACAAAAGCCACCAUCAACAUCGACCCAGUGAGCGGCUUCGCCUACGAGUACACACUGGAGAUCAACGGCAAGAGCCUGAAGAAGUACAUGGAGAACAGGUCCAAGGUGACCAGCACCUGGGUGCUCAACCUGGAUGGGACGGAUACCAGGGUGGUUUUGGAGAAAGACACCAUGGAUAUUUGGUGUAAUGGAGACAAGAUUGAAACUGCAGGCGAGUUUGUGGACGACGGCACAGAAACCCACUUCACGCUGGGUGAACACAACUGCUGUGUGAAGGCGGUGAGCAGUGGAAAGCAACGAGACGGACUCAUUCACACACUUCUCGUGGACGGAGCGGAGAUAGCUGAAUGCACAGAGUGACUUUGUGUUAUUUUAAAAAACAAAAACAAAAAAACACUGGCAUAAGUAUUCAAUACAUCAUCACUUUUCUCAAACAUAUCUUUCCAAAUGAAAUGACAUGAAAUGAAAAUUCCACCAGAUGUUCAGAACAACUCAAGUAAUCUAUACAUACAAAGAAAGUAGAAAAAAUAAGAUCAAAAAUUAAGUUGGGUAUAAUGAAAUCACAGGGGAAAGUAUUGAACACGCCAACUAGUUUUUAUUGAAUGCUUUGUUCAAAAGUCUUGGUUUGUAAUGGUAGGGUCAAGACGAUCCCUGCAUGGAGAAACUAAUCGCCUGCAUUGCUCUGGUGUGAUUUUGGCCCAUUCAUCCACACAAGCAGUCUUCAAAUCCUAAAGGUUCUGUGGGCUUCUUUUAUGUACCUUGAGUAUCAGUUCUUCCCAUAGAUUUUUGUUUGGAUUCAAGUCAGGUGAUUGACUGGACCAUUCUAGCAGCUUAAUUUUUUUCUUUGAUGGUAGCAGGGUUUUGUCAAGAAUGCCUCAGUACAUGUGCCUGUUCAUCCUUCCUUCAAUCAUGAGAAGUUUACCAGUAUCAGUUCCCAUUUGUUCCAUUCAUACCACCACCAAAAUCAGAAUCAGCUUUAAUGGCCAAGUAUGUAACAACAUACAAGGAAUUUGUCUCUGGCAGUCGGUGCUGCCCUGGUACAACAUUUCCCACCUCCAAACGUCACUGUUGAAAUGGUCUUUACAGGGUUAUAUGGGAUGCCAUUUGGCCUCCAAACGUACAUUAUGACAUCCAAUUUCAGUUCAGUUCAAUAAAAGCCAUGGCAGCCGAGUACACUACUCCAUGGUUUCCUUGUGACAACAAUACCUGCUUAUCCCAGAUCUUUUAGAGGCACUCCAUAAGUGGUCCUUGGCUCUUGGAUAAUUCUUCUGAUUAUUCUUUGCACUCCUCUGUCAGAAAUCUUGCAAGGAGUACCGGAUCGAGGCAAAUUCAUGGUGGUAUGAUUUGCCUUAUACCAAUACACUUAUCAUGCUUCAAAUCAUGCUGACUUUAAUGUUCAGAAGCUUAUAUAUUCAAUACUUUUCCCUGUGUCAUGUCACAUUAUUACACACAACUUAAUUUAUCAUCUCAUUUAUUCUACUUUCUUUUCUUCUAUGAAUGGUAUACUUGAGUUGUUCCCAACAUCUGGUUAAAUAGCAACAAUAACACCUCUGGAAAUAUUUUUUGUGGAAAAUGGUGAUAGCUUAAAUACUUGUUUUAGUUACUGUAUAGGUAUUUAUGCAAGAGCCAUAAAAAGUUGAUACAUGAUAAUUCGAUUUCCUGAGUAGCUUAAAGAAGUCUCAUGGAUCUGCUGUUUGGACAUAUUCUUAUAACACUGGAUAAACUAAAUUGUACUGUAUUGUUAAAAAAAGUAUUGGCGUCAUUGUGCGAAUGCUGAAGAGACAAACAAAAGUUCUGUUCUUCUGUCCUUGUAUGUCCUUCGACGACUACCACACUUUUUGACCGAUUCAAACUCGUCUUUCCAGUCUCACAUUCUCCAUUUCAAUAAAUAUUACAAUCAAUUCCAUAGCAUUUCUCUUCAGUUUCAGCUCUUCAGCAUUCAUUCACUCAGAAAUUGGAUUCUCGUUUUGUGUAGUAUCGUGCCAUAUUCAAUUAAUUGUGGGACGAGCUCGAUUUAUGUCCCAUGGAAUGUAGUUUAAGGAAUUUCUAGAUAAUUCAGCACCCUAGAGCAGUUUGACCUAGCAACAUCAAAUUUGCUAGGCAUAUCUAGCAUGAGUAAAGCCACAAAUAUGUCUCAAGAAGACAUGGCUGCCAAAGACAAAAGAAGUCAACCAUAUUGGGUCGACACCACCAUUCUAGGGUCAUUUUGGCAAUUUCCAGUGGUAGUAAAGACAAACUCCGUUCCCCCCAUAGCAUUCACAUUUGGACCACAUGUAAUGAGAAGAAAAUGCAUGUGAGCCCUUUUGGAAUUUGUCAAAUUUUUGCAUAAAUUGGUCAUAAAAAUCUGGUUGACCUUCCCUUGGCAGCAUUAUCCUCAAGUAAAUGUUUCCUGUAGUUGUAGAUCAGACCUGCAUGAUGAUGAGAAUCAAUUUUGGAGCAUUCCACUUUACAGAACAAGCAGUUUAGUGAGAUUCCUGGGAUGUUUGGUGUGAAUUACUCUCUUGAGGUCAUGUCACUGCGUACUAGAUCAAUAAAUUGUGACACUUUUUUGUCAAUUGAUUUUUAUGUUUAGCAGUUUUUUGGUGUUACUUGAAUUAUAUAAAAUAUGGAAUUUAGGUGGUACUGGUCUCCACUUUUUAAAGUUAAUAUAAGCUACACUUUUGAAUACUGUGUAUGUAGUUGAGUAGCAAUUGCUUUUGUUACACUAACUGCAAUAAAGGUUUAUUGUUUUUGAAUUAUUUCUUGGACGAUAAACUAUAAAUA